CAGAAGCAUAUCAUUAGUUAAUGUUUCAAUUUAGUGAUAGCUUUUGCAGUUGAUCGAUCGAUGAGGUCCAGUGGGUAUAAAAGUCUGUCCUACUUUCGAGAUUGGAAUUGUAAGUUGAAGUCGCGAUCAUCAUGAAGCUACAAAUUUUGGCGUUUUACGUUUUUCUUGAGUUUGCUAACGCUUUGCGUAGCAAUCUGACCAUGUUCACAAACUGCCGGGAUAUUGAUCUGGAGUACGAAAAGGCCUCGGUUUCGAUCAGUAACGUGCAGUACGAUCGUGAUGAAGAUGGCGUGUGUAGUGCGAUGCACGUGGAGUACAACAUUCAUGCUAGCAGCAAUGAUGAUGCUUUCGAGCUGAUCCUGACCAGCUUCCAGUGCCCUCUGGGAACCGUUGGAAUUUGUUCGGACAAUCCGCAGGAAUUCAUAGAACCGAUGCACUGUGAUCGCUUCCAUUCGGACGAAUCUGGUCCCUGGUUCAUGAUGGCCAAUGCCAUGAGCAAUGGAGAUCGAUGUGGACGUUUGGAGGGUAAAUUCAACCUGGACACGGCCAUCCUGAAGUUGAGCUACCUGGACAAAUACAUCGACAUGGGCAAGGGAUCGUAUCGGGUUCGGAUGUUGUUCCACGUGCCCAACACCGACAGAGCCAUCAUCAAUAUGAAAGGAUGCUGCGAGAUGGAUUUUGACGUUAUUGAUUAACGAAGCAAAUCUUGAGCAAUGGAAAUCCUAUACUGAUUGUAUAUAACGAUCUCAUGAAACGCUAUGAUUUAAGAUUAUUCUUUAACGAACACGAACAUUGAUGUAGCCACACAUUAAAACGCCAUUUUGUUUAGAAGGGCGCAUUUGCAAUACA